CUGCUCAUGAGUGAUUCUUAUCUGCCCGGCGCUGCUGUGCUUGCACAUUCUUUACGAGAUGCUGGCACCACCAAGAAGCUUGCUGUCCUCGUCACGAUGGACACGCUGUCCACCGACACCAUCUCUGAGCUCAAGUCAUUGUAUGACUACCUAAUCCCCGUGGAACGCAUCCAAAGCCCUAAUCUUGCGAAUCUCUACCUGAUGGGCCGUCCGGAUCUUGCUUUUGCUUUCACAAAGAUAGCUCUGUGGAGGCAGGUCCAGUUCCGCAAAAUCGUAUACAUUGAUGCAGACGUGGUCGCUCUUCGCGCCCUAGACGAGCUAUUCGACCUGGACGUCCCUUUCGCUGCAGCCCCAGACAUUGGCUGGCCAGAUGCCUUCAACACCGGUGUCAUGGUCAUCAGCCCGAACAUGGGUGACUAUUGGGCAUUGCAAACAAUGGCGGCAUCCGGAGACAGCUUUGAUGGCGCCGACCAAGGUCUGUUGAACCAGUACUAUGAGCACCGAAACUGGCACCGGCUCAGCUUCACCUACAAUUGCACGCCGAAUGCAGAGUAUCAGUGGGAGCCAGCAUAUCGAUACUACAAACGAGACAUCAGUGCCGUCCAUUUCAUCGGCAAGAACAAGCCGUGGUCUACAGGACGCUCGGGUCCAGGAGGAUCGGGGGUCUACAACGAACUUUUGGCUCGGUGGUGGGCUGUAUAUGACAGGCAUCUCAAACCCGCGGCCGAGACCGCAGCUACUGCUCAAGCGGGUUAUGAGUCCUCGGACCGCCGUUCUUCGACUGUUCAAGAACAUGUUCACGGUGAGGCGACGAGCACCGAAUUUGGUACCUCUUCAAUCUCCCACAUCACCCCUACACCCGAGAUUGUUGAGACUGAGGGGCCUGUAACCACAACCGAGCAAUCCUUCUCUGACCCCGGGGAUUUGGCAGAGAAUAUUGACCAAGGUGUGGUAGAACCGACGCCGACCGUGGAACAACGGAGGUUCUCCGCUCCACAGAUGGAAUGGGAUGCUACUCGGUUUGAACCCCCGGCGGAAUCCAAACCCGAAGCCGUCCAUUUCCCCACCCAGACAUACGAGUUCAGUGAGAGUCGCGAGCUAUUUCACGCGCCCCAAUCAUACCCUGAGCCCCCCAAAGACAUGUGGUAUCAAGUCCCUGAGACCAAACCAGCCCCAGCGGAGAAACCUAAACCCAUUUUCCCUUGGGAACGAGAACCCGACCGCCCGAAGCCUACCCGUGUAUUUGCUGAAGACUUACCCCCACCGCCGAUGCCAUCGCUGGCACCGGCUUUUACGCAAUCUACGCAUCCAUUCUCAACGGUUCACUAUGAGGAGGGUGGGACACCGAUCCAGGAAGAAGUACAAACUGCAGGACCUACCAGUCCUCCGCGCUCUUCUUCGCCUAAAACAGCUGACGAACAAUGGCAGGAGUUCCAGCAUAGCAACGUCAAUGCAUGGGACACGGUGCCUGGUAUCGACACCUAUGUGCGAGCCAUCAUGGAAGCUCAAAACCGACGCGGUAAACCGCAGGUUCUUCACCAAGCGAGAGGAGAAGAGAUACCUUCGCCUUCCAUAAGCCGUAAAGAGCGACGCGAGAGCCUAAUCCUAACUGAUUUCCCAUCCGCAGUUGAACGACCAAGUCUCCCAGUAACGCCGGCGCCUGUGAGGCGACCUACGUUCUGGGGCGAGGAGAGAGAUGUGGCAGGUGAGCUGCCACCAGCAGAAGGAGUGCCGGAUCAGGCCGAAUGGAAUCCUGAAGAGAGGCUCGAUCAGCUUCGCCGAUCCUCGGUCCUCGAAUUCGAGCACUUGAAAGCGCCAGUGCAUUCGCAACCGCCAUUGAGAGAGCUGCCAGAGCACUCGAUCCCAAAGAGGGAGACUUCUGUGCACCAUCAUGUACCUCUUAGUGGGGGAAGCUCGCCACACGAGUUGGAUCAAUUAACCCAGGGUGGAAGCAAGACUGAUGUGAAGAGCCCAGAGCCAGCCUCUACGGAGAAAUCUGCAACGACGCCUAUUUUCAAAGAGCCAGACUUUGGCGCAGAUGGUGGCAGUGAUGAAACGGCUGGGCUGUUCACCGGAAAGAAGGAGGAUGUGCUCAGUCCUACGGAACGAUAGGGUUGCUGCUUUCAGGGCGUUUGUUAUGCUGUUACGUGGCACGCUUAAUUUUGGUGUCAACAAAUAAUGUAAUGUUUUGGUCUGCUUUUCCUCGGAUGCAUCUCAUCUCUUUUCCCAUGUACUACUGGAUUGCUUUGCAUCUUUUUGUUUUGCUGUUUCGUUCGACAUCUCUUCUGAGCGCUCUUCUAAGGCAUAGCUAGCGCUUUGGUGGAUUUUGCAGGCUCUGGGUUAAUCUCCUUCCACUGGCAUCUCACGUUUGUACUUCAUCUUUGACUUGAUCUUGCGAGGAUAUCUGCGUGCUGUACAUAGCUUAUUCGCAUGUCUUGAA